UCAGAACCCAGAGCAGGCAGCAGGGAUUGUCUUCUUCCCCCUUUGUUUAGCUCCUCCGCUCGAAGCUCUGUUAUAUUGCUUCGGCAGAAUAAAAAAAAAAAAAAAAAAAAAAAAGAUAGAAGGGAUGGGGAAGAAGCUGGAUGCGCUGCUGGGGAGGUCGUUCAGAGUAACAAAGUUGAAGGCACUCCUCAACUUAGCCAUCUCUCGCCUCGCCAUCUUCAAGAAUCAGCGCCACGUCCGCUACUCUCAGGCGAAGUCCGACGUCACUCAGCUCCUCCAACUCGGCCACCACGGCAGCGCCCUCCUCCGAGUCGACCAAGUCAUCAAGGAGCUCAACAUGUUUGACGUCUUCCUCCUCGUCGAAGGCUACUGUGCCCUGUUGCUCGACCGCCUUCACCUCAUCCAACAACACCGAGAGUGCCCCGACGAGCUUAGAGAAGCUAUCUGCAGUUUGUUCUUUGCUGCCUCGAGGAUCGGUGAGUUUCCAGAGCUUCAAGAGGUUCGGUCUGCUCUCUCCUCUCGUUUCGGCAGGGAACUCGCUUCUCGUUCCAUUGAGCUCCGCAGCAAUUGUGCGGUAAACCCAAAAAUGGUUCAGAAGUUGUCAACUAGACAGCCGGAUCUCGACGCCCGUAUCAAGAUGCUUAAGGAGAUUGCUGGCGAGAAUAAUAUAAUUCUCAAACUCGACGAAGCUUCUUCUUCCACCAAGGAAAUGUCAGCUCAUGCGGAUGCCUCCUCCAAGUCUGAUCUUCCAAGUGGUGAAGAUGACUACGGGCUGUCUGAUUCUAUCAAGACCAAGAAAAAGUACAAAGACGUGGCCGAUGCCGCACAAGCAGCUUUUGAGUCUGCUGCUUACGCAGCUGCAGCGGCGAGGGCGGCUGUGGUGCUUUCUCAACAAUCUGAUUCUCGUGACUCCGAUGGUCACGACCAUCCCGGUAACAUUCAGAAGAAAAGAUCUUUCCAAGGGAUCGAGGACGAUAAAUCUGAAUCUGAACAUGAGCCAGACGCUAAGAAUAUUGACCGUGCUGAAAGCUCUAACCAAGAUGAUGUGAAAGCAGCAUCUAAGAGAUUGAUGUCAGAUUCAAGUACGGAUUCAGAAGAAAUUAUUACAGAGGUUGGAUCAAUUUCUUUUACAGAAGACCCGGUGAAGCUCUUGGAGAAAGAUGUGGUCAUCUGGGAUAGCGAGGAAGAAUCCCAACAUAGUACUAAGGCCACCAGCAAGGUUGGAGACAAGGUAGAUCUAAUGGGUGGUAAGAACAAAGCAGUAGCCAAGGGGCCAGUUUCUGUUAGGACCCGACAGGUUCGUGGUUACUGACAUGUAUCAAUAUUUUCCCAUUCCUAUGUAUGGUUUCAUUACGAGUUUUGUUUCAUUUGUUUCUUAGUUUCUUUAUGUUCUUUCGAGGGUGUUACGUAUGGUUUUUUGUAUUCUUGACAUAAAUAAACUAUCAAUUUCCUGGGACA